GGGAAGGGUGGGUUGUGUACUGUCUUAGCCUGUCCCCUCCACCCAAAACACACACUCUCUCUCACUCUAUCUCUAACAGUCCAAGUCCAAAAGCCACUACCCACAUUGGCUUUUCUUGCCUUUUGUUUCUGUGCUUCCUAUUCAAUUGUCUAUGUCUGCUACUUCUGCUCCCUCUUCACAGUACCUGCAAAUGGGAGUGGAAUCAUAUUUUGAAUUUCUAGUUAUUAUUUGAUACUUUUUUUUCUCUCUUUCCACCCUCUUCUCAUCUUUAACCCCUGUCUGUCUUCUGUGUAUCAUUCUGAACAUCAUUACUUUGCUGUUUCCUGUUCAUCUGGUGUGGUGCCCCUCUUUUUUCAUGAUUUGACCUCAUUUCCAUGAUAUCAUAGCUUCCACUUUCUGGGUUUUCCCUUAAAUUCAUCAACUUGGUUGGUGACACUCUCUAAGUUGUGAAAUUUUCUGUUGGAGUGUUUUGAGUUUCACAAGUUACAGAAAACCAAGUUAAGUGAGUGUUCAUGGAAAUUGAUCUGAACCAUGAAGUGAUUGAGGUGGAGAAGAAUGCAUUGUGUGAAAGGGAAUGUGGUUCUUGUGUUUGUUGUUUGUCCUCUUCAGCUUGUUCAUCUAAUUCUAGCUCAUCUUCACCUGGUGUGUCUUCUUCUUAUCUUGAGCUUUGGCAUGCUUGUGCUGGCCCUCUUACCUCACUUCCUAAGAAAGGAAAUGUGGUGGUGUAUUUUCCACAAGGUCACUUAGAACAAGUAGCUUCUUUCUCUCCUUUUGCCCCAUUGGAGAUGCCCACCUAUGAUCUUCAGCCACAGAUCUUUUGCAAGGUUGUCAAUGUCCAGCUACUGGCCAACAAGGAGAAUGAUGAGGUUUAUACUCAGGUUACUUUGCUUCCUCAAGCUGAGUGUGCAGGGAAGCAUUUGGAGGGGAAAGAACUUGAGGAACUGGGAGCAGAUGAGGAGGGAGAUGGAGGGUCGCCUUCAAAAUCAACCUCUCACAUGUUCUGCAAAACACUUACUGCCUCUGAUACCAGCACUCAUGGGGGGUUUUCUGUUCCUCGUAGAGCUGCUGAGGACUGUUUUCCUCCUUUGGAUUAUAAGCAGCAGAGACCCUCGCAAGAGCUUGUUGCCAAAGACCUGCAUGGUGUGGAGUGGAAAUUUCGUCAUAUUUAUAGAGGUCAACCAAGGCGGCAUCUACUCACUACUGGCUGGAGUAUUUUUGUAAGCCAAAAGAAUCUUGUUUCUGGUGAUGCAGUGCUUUUCCUAAGGGGUGAAAAUGGAGAACUGAGAUUGGGCAUCAGAAGAGCUAUUCGACCUAGAAAUGGUCUUCCUGAAUCAAUUGUUGGUAAUCAGAACUGUUAUCCCAAUAUCCUAUCUUCUGUGGCAAAUGCUAUAUCCACCAGAAGCAUGUUCCGUGUUUUCUACAGUCCAAGAGCAAGUCACGCAGAUUUUGUUGUUCCCUACCAAAAAUAUGUUAAAAGCAUCAUGAAUCCAGUGACCACUGGGACAAGAUUCAAAAUGAGAUAUGAAGUGGAUGAAUCUCCAGAAAGAAGGUGUAGUAGUGGUAUGUUGAUUGGAACGAGUGAUUUGGAUCCCUAUAGAUGGCCUAAUUCAAAAUGGAGGUGCUUGAUGGUCAGAUGGGAUGAGAAUAUUGAUGCUAAUCAUCAAGACCGGGUAUCUCCAUGGGAUAUCGAUCCUUCUGGUCAUCUGCCUCCCAUGAACAUUCAGUCUUCCCCAAGACUAAAGAAACUGCGGACCGGUUUGCAGGUUGCCUCACCCAGUCAACUCGUCACUGCAAGUGGCAGUGGAAUGAUGGGCUUUGAGGAGUCUGUAAGAUCACCCAAGGUCUUGCAAGGUCAAGAAAAUGCAGGUUUUGUGUCACUCUACUAUGGAUGUGAUACAUUAACCAACCGGCGAGGUUUUGAGAUGAACUCUCCAAGUCAUCAAAAUCUUGCAUCAGCCGGAGUAGGAAAGGUUACUUCGACUGAGCUCAUGAGUGUUCACCCUUUCAGUUAUGCAGCAGGCUUUAUGGAAACUAACAGCUUUCCAAGGGUCUUGCAAGGUCAAGAAAUAUGUCCAAUGAAAUCCCUGACAGGAAAGGUUGAUUUGAGCCUUGGUGCUUGGGGAAAACCUAAUGGAAGUUGCACAACUUUCAACCUCCAUCAGGCCACCAAUCCCAGCUUUCCAUCAGCAUAUUUUCCUUAUGGGGAUAUUCACAAUGUUGGUCAUGCUAGCAUGUUUGGCUCAAAACCCCCCACUUUCCAGAGAGAAAAUGUCUCGUUUAACACGCCGUUCUCUCAGGCAGGGAUCAUUAGAAAUGAAGUUGGACGAUCAGAUCUCCCAAAUGAGCAUAAACUGCAGGACAACAUUUCUGUUUCUGCUUCAUUAGGGGGUGCUGAUAUGAGGAUUCUAGAUGAUAACAAUGUCAAGGCAAAUGUAAACUCCUGUAAACUAUUCGGGUUUCCUUUGUCUGGGGAAACUAGUCCCCAAAAUUUACAGAACCCUGCUAAAAGGAGUUGCACAAAGGUUCACAAGCAAGGAAGCUUAGUUGGAAGAGCCAUUGAUCUAUCAAGAUUGAGUAGCUACAAUGAUCUACUGAAUGAACUAGAGAAACUAUUUGGCAUGGAAGGCCUUCUAAAAGAUCCUGAUAAGGGAUGGAGGAUCCUGUACACUGACAGUGAGAAUGACAUCAUGGUUGUAGGGGAUGACCCUUGGCAUGAGUUUUGUGAUGUGGUGUCCAAGAUCCAUAUAUAUACCCAAGAAGAAGUGGAGAAGAUGACAAUUGGGAUGACUAGUGAUGAUACUCAUAGCUGUUUGGAGCAGGCACCAGUGGUUAUGGAGGCUUCAAAGUCUUCCUCAGUGGGACAGCCAGAUUAUUCUCCAACUGUAGUUAGAGUCUAAGUUUCAGGGCUGUCUUGAGUAUUAUGUUGACCCUGUGUCUAUAUAAAUUUGAUUAUCUGUGUAUAUUUGGAUGCAAUGUUUGAUCUACCCUUUGUGCACGUAAGCCCAGCAAAAAAAGCUGCGUGGUCAGCGCUAGAAAGACUGACAGUUAAGUGCACUCAACUAGCUAAAUAAGGGCUAGUCUUAUCAUUAUGUAAUCAGCAUUAUGGUUUCCAAAUUUCAUGCAUGUGGUGUGAGAUUACUACUA